AUACUUGGGUACUCCGAUAUCUUUAAGUUGAUAGCUGUGCGACAACAACGUUUGCAACUUCCACGGCAAACAACAACAAUCAACCCCGCCGUACCGCAACUGCAGAAUCUGAGGAAAAACAAUUACAACCACCGUAGCUGCCAUUUGCAGCUCAACUUUCAACUCUAUCUCACCAUAUUUACCUCUUGGGUAAACUUAAUAUACAUUAAUAUACAUAAUAUCCUCUACAUACCUCAUUCCCCACAGGCUGGCCCCGUAAUCCCCAUUUUUCACCCAUUUUUUUUUUUUCACCUUUCUAACCCUUUUAACCUUCGCGUACGUCAUAAGUCAUGUCUACGUACGGAAGCUACAUUCCUCCCUUUCGCCGUGGAGAUUCACAGGCAACCGGCGUUACGCCCGAUACAUCAGAGUCAUCUACCCUCCCUCCCAACCAUUCAUCAUCAUACCAACCUUUCAACAACGGAGGCAGUAGAGGCGAUAUGAGUGGCCGAGGAUUCCGCGGAGGACGAGAUCGUGGAGGACGCGGCCGUGGCCGUGGUCGCGGAAGAGGUACCUAUAGCAACCCACUCUCCCAAGACCGCAACCAACAGCACCAAGGUCAGUUCGACGAUGUUGACAUCUACGACCAACGCGCAAUUGUGAAGUAUUUCUGUGGCGAAGAGGGAGUUGAAGCCGUUCCACACCAUAACUCGAGCACCUUCCACGGCUCUAAGGAGCAUCCAGACCAGUUGUCUUACAUGCUGCUCUUCACCAACGCCAACCCCCGCUGGCCUGGCGACCGUAUCGUAUUUGCUAAAUCUAAGCUUUCUCUGUUACCCGAGUACAGCUCAAAGAAGGCGGAAUAUGGGGAGUGGCCAAUCCCUAAGCAGUCAGAGGAGUCCCAAGAUCUCCACGCAACUACGAAUAAGAUUCCUACGGAAGAGGCAUCUCAGUCUACUACUACUCAGGACAACGAAGCUGGCCACGUUGCGGCUGCUAUUGAAUCAUUGUCCGUCACCGACGAAGAGACAACAAAGGCUACUAUAUCCUCUGAUGCGAGCCAGACAGAUGAGACACUCGUUACGGAAACAUCGUCUAGUUCUAGCAGCCGCAUGAAGUUCAGCGACGUCCGUAACCUACCGCCUGAAGAGCAAGAGCGUAUAGUAGAGAAGCAGAAGCAGCAACGCCUAAAGCUUCAACAACGACAGGUACCUAGCUUUCCCACUAUUCCACCUAUCGACUACGCCCCAUCUGCGCACGCGCCUGUCGCCGUAUUUGAAGAGCGUCGCUUCUACGACUAUGGACGCGGCAGUCAGCGAUUCAUUUUCGCAGGUUGGUACCGUAUUGCGCGCAUCAAUGUGCUAGCGCCGCACUCGGCAGAGCUCGUGCGCAUGCAGCAGCAAAAGUGGGAGCGUCGCGACCGCUAUGGCAACGUUAUCCCUAGCAAGUCUCGUGACGCCUCGGCAUGGAAUGCAGCACUUGGUAUAGAAUGGGCAGUCGUUAAGUUUGAGAAGAUUGGCGACGAGGAGGCACCCGCUAUUCCUGGCAUCGAGAAGUCACCCAAACCUGGACUUGAAAGCGCUACCGAGGCAGCUGAUGGACGUAAAGGUGAGGGUGAAGGUGAGGUAGAGAAAGACUUAAAGGAGAAUGUGAGAGCGAAGGAAGACACAGGCGGAAAGACGGAUGUAGCAUCUGUCGCUGUAGGAGGGAGCGAAAAGGAACUUCUCACGGAGAAUAUCUACGCAAGAGAAUCAGGCAAGCAGCCGGAAGCAGCCAAAGCAGAGACCGGCGAAGGAAUCCAAGAUGGGAUUUAGGGUUAGGAAAAGGCUUCUAUUUCGACAUAGCCAGGUGGAACAUAGAGGGAUGAAGAAUGUCUUCCCUAUUCUUCCAGGUGUUGCGAGCUAUUUUCACGCUCAUCGCAUUCUCUGGCGUUUGCUUAGACACUGGCACUUCAAAAUGAUGCAUAGUGGCGUUAUGACUUAAUUACGAUUCGAGAUGGCUAGAUAAGUCUGUUGACACAACACUAAUUGACAUAUCAUA